AUGGAUAUCUUUACUACAAACAACUCUUCUUGUUGCUCUUCUGACACUUCAUUGCAGAAUUCAGAUGGCUCUCAUUGGAUGUUCGUAUCAAAUGAAGAAAUACGGUUAGCUGCGAGUACCCCGAAGAAACGUGCAGGGAGGAAGAAGUUCAAGGAGACUCGCCAUCCGGUGUAUAGGGGUGUGAGGAGAAGAAACAAUAAUAAAUGGGUGUGUGAAAUGAGAGAGCCUAACAAGAAGACUAAGAUUUGGUUAGGGACUUUUCCAACUGUCGAGAUGGCUGCCCGAGCACACGAUGUUGCUGCAAUGGCAUUAAGGGGCCGCUACGCCUGUCUCAAUUUUGCAGACUCAACGUGGCGGCUCCCUAAACCAGUUAGUUCUGAGGCAAAAGAUAUACAAAAGGCGGCUACAGAAGCUGCCGAGGCUUUCAGACCAGAAAAGAUUUUAGUGACUAACGAAGUUGAAAAGAUUUCAACGACUAACGAUGUUGACAUUGAAACGGCUGUAGCUGCCUCCGCCACAGUGGAGCAGAUUAUGCAGUGCAUGGUAGAGGAAGAAGACGAAGAUAUGAGCAUGCCAGAGAUGUGGAGGAACAUGGCUCUAAUGUCCCCAACACAUAGUUUUGGAUAUCAUGAUCAAGAGUUUCAAUAUAUUGAUGAACAAGACUAUCAAGAUCAAGAGAUAUCAUUAUGGACUUUCUAA